CUGUCCUAUAUAUAUAUCAUACUAACCCGGGUUCGAUCCUCACCUUCGCAUUGUUUUUUUAUUUUUUACGAAAAAAAAUGAGAUGACAUGGCAAUUUCGGGUUCUCUGAUUGGUUGAUUUUUCUAUCCUAUGUGGACACCCUCUCCAUGGCUUAUAUCCCCCUUUUAGUAUAGUAUAGAUAUAGAUAUAUAUGAAGCCAUAUCAGAACAACUAACUAAUUCAGUCUCUUUUGGUUAAUUAAUAUGUUGAAUAUUUUUUUUUUUUUGGUAAACUUCGAAAAUAUUGUUUCUUUUCUCUUUGUAUGUUGGAUAUUAAUUUUGUUAUACAAUAGUAUGCACUAAUCUAGGGCAUGCACGGCCGAACAACCAUUUUGAGCAAAACAAUGAAACUGCAUGUCAUUAUCUUUUUGAGUGAUAAAGAACCCCUCAAGUUCAAAAGCUAUAAACGCACAUGUUGUUUUCCUCUUUUCAAGUGUGUUGAAACAAAAACUUAGAAAGGACAAUAUGGUUAAUAACUUAUUUGAAUAAACAAUUCUGAAUUUCUGCAAGGGCCUCUAAGCUCUAAUGUAGAUGUUUCCACAGUGAUAAAGAAAAGAGGUCGGUAUUGGUACUGGUAUUGGUAUAGAGAGGAAGGAAUAAAAUAUCAGUGUGAUUGAAGAAAGAGACUGAAUGGUAUAUGGAGUUGCGCAGGUAUCGAGGUUGAUGGCAAUCUCCAACCCUUGAUCUGCCUUGAUUAUAUGUUUGCCUUCGUAACAAUACUUGCGGAUAAAAACAAAGGAAGUAGAGCUUUUACAGCUAUGGUUUGCACGAAUUUACAGUAGUUUCACUGUUUGAAAAGUAGCCUUUAUCCCUUCAAUAAUUUUAAUAGAUAGUCCCCACAUGUUAGAACUAAAGCUGGAAACUCGCGCACGUUAUGCGCAUUUUAUAGCAAACACCGCCUCACUUUCAAACUGUGGAGGGCAAAGAAGAAGGAUGGAGAAAAGGGAAGAAGGAAGGAAGACUCAUGUUAAAAGAGGGUUGUGGAAACCUGAAGAAGACAUGAUACUUCGAAGCUAUAUCGACACUCAUGGAGAAGGAAACUGGGCAGACAUCUCUCGUAGAUCCGGAUUGAAGAGAGGAGGCAAAAGCUGUCGGUUGAGAUGGAAGAACUACCUAAGACCAAACAUCAAAAGAGGAGGCAUGACGCCUCAAGAACAAGACCUCAUCAUCCGCAUGCAUAAGCUUCUCGGCAACCGAUGGUCGUUGAUCGCGGGUCGCCUUCCGGGUAGGACUGACAACGAAGUCAAGAACUACUGGAAUACCCAUUUGAACAAGAAAUCCAGUUCCAGGAAACAAAAUGCAGCUGAAUCAGUGGAAGCCACUCCGUUGGUCGACAAGCCAGUUAUGUCUACAGAAGUGAGAGGAAGCCAUGGAGGAGGAGAGGGAGAAGAGGGCACUACCACUACCUGGAUGGAGGAGACCAACUUCUUCGCCCGCAUAGAAUCUCCCCAGCCUCUCACUGCUCAUUACCCAGACACUCUUUGUUUUGACCCAUCUUUUGCCUUCACCGAUUGCUUUCCUCUGCUUUAGCCUUUAGGACUUUCCUGAUUCUAUCUCUGAGCGAUAAAUUCUUGCAUAGACUUUGCGAAUCAUAUUAUACAAUUAGUCUAAGCAAGAAUUAAUCAUGAAUUGUAAUAAGCCCUGAUUCAUUGUGGAUCCUAUCCUUAUCUUAUCAAACAUCAACUCCAGUGCAAUA